CGUACCUGAAAAUCUCCCGAGGUUGGAAUGUCCUGUCAACUAGUAUACGCACAUUUUGAGUCAGGCCCAUUUAUUUGACAGGCUCAUAACACUAGGACAACAAUUUCCUAAAUCUAGGGCAGAUCACAACAACGAUAGCCGACAUUACACCAUGCUUGAUAUCAUUGAUUUCAUAGCAGAAAGAGGGGGUGAUCCUGUAAAGAUUAGGGAAAGCCAGAGACGUCGUUCUGCACCGGAAAAUGUCGUUGACGAAGUCAUUGCGCUUUACGAAGAUCAUCGAAAGACAAAAUACGACGCCACACAGAUAGGCACGAAGAUAAACUCCACGCAGAAAGAGAUUGGCCAGAAGAAGAAGGCAAAGGAAGAUGCAAGUGAGCUUCUCCAGAGGAAAGUCGAAUUAGAGCAGGAGAAAAAAGCCUUGGAGCUAUCCGCUAUCGAGAAGGAGGCCGCACUCCGCAAGAAAAUCAAAACCAUCGGCAAUUACGUGCAUGACACGGUUCCCAUCAGCAAUACUGAGGACGACAACGCGCUCAUCCGUUCCUGGGCCCCCGAAGGAGUGAAAGUGGAAAAGAGAGACUGCCUUUCACACCACGAAGUUCUCACUAGGCUUGAUGGCUAUGACCCUGAGCGUGGGGUUAAGAUUGUCGGACACCGAGGGUACUGUCUGACCGGAUAUGGCUUGUUCCUCAACCUCGCUCUGAUCAAUUACGGUCUGGAAUUCCUUUGGAACAAAGGCUACAAACCUAACCAGCCGCCCCAUUUCAUGCUUAGGGAGUAUAUGGCAAAGACUGCACAAUUGGAGCAGUUCGACGAAGAACUAUACAAGGUCACCGAUGAUGGCGAAAAGCAGACCGAUAAAUACCUCAUAGCUACCUCUGAACAACCGCUUUCCGCACUGCAUGAUGGAGAAUGGCUCCAGGAUAAGGAGCUGCCGAUUAAGUAUGCAGGCUACAGUACCUGCUAUCGAAAAGAGGCCGGCGCACACGGCAAGGACGCGUGGGGCAUCUUCCGUGUCCACCAAUUCGAGAAGAUUGAACAAUUUCUCUUAACCAAGCCUGAGGACUCGUGGAAGGCAUUUGACGACAUGAUCGGCAUCUCUGAGGACUUUUAUCAAUCGCUCGGCCUGCCUUACCAGAUCGUUGCCAUUGUUUCUGGUGCUCUCAACAAUGCAGCCUCGAAGAAAUUCGACCUUGAGGCAUGGUUUCCUUUCCAGGGGGAAUACAAAGAGCUGGUCUCGUGUUCCAACUGCACCGAUUAUCAAUCCCGCGAACUUGAAAUCCGUUAUGGCACGAAAACCCAAACCGAGGUCAAGAAAAAGUAUGUUCACGCUUUGAACUCGACAUUGUGUGCCACUGAGCGCGCGUUGUGUUGUGUUUUGGAGAAUUAUCAGACAGACAGCGGUGUCAUUGUUCCCACUCCUCUAAGAAAAUAUAUUCCGGGCGCACCAGAGUUCUUGCCCUUCGUGAAAGAAUUAUCGAAAGAGUCGACCUCGCGAAAGGCUCAAGUACCUAUUCGGGGCCGUUAAAUGUGAGGUUUACAGACAUUCGAGGAGGCUCGUCGAAGAGAUUUUUCGGGAUACAAUUUUUUUGUUUCUAGAAACAUUAGAAGUAGUACUUGAAGCCAGUCUGAUGAAUUGCAUGACAAGAAGAUUUUUUUAUUUCGCUUUAAACACAAAAAAAACCCUCCUAGAGCAAAUAAAAUUAUGUCCAAGAUACUAAUACACUGUUUAUCAUGCUAAGGUUAGAAAUUCGGUUUAAUCGAGCAAAGAAAUAAAAUUGAGAG